AUGCGAACAGAACUGAUUUCGCCCUGGAGGGUAGGAAUGAAGGGGCAAGAGAUACAAGAAAUGACAGCAAGUCUCCUUCAAGAGGUGCUGACAAUUACCCUCAUCCACGAUGGCCUUGCACGUGGCAUCCGCGAAGCUGUCAAAGCUUUAGACAAGCACCAAGACCAUCUCUGUGUGCUUGCAUCCAACUGUGAUGAGCCUAUGUAUGUCAAGUUGGUGGAGGCCCUUUGUGCUGAGCUCCAAAUCAACCUAAUUAAGGUUGAUGACAACAAGAAACUCGGGGAAUGGGUAGGCCUCUGUAAAACUGAUCGAGAGGGAAAGCCACGGAAAGUAGUUGGUUGCAGUUGUGUCGUGGUUAAGGACUAUGGCAAAGAAUCUCAGGCCAAGGAUGUCAUCGAAGAGUACUUCAAGUGCAAGAAAUGAAUAAAUAAAAAUUUUGGCUCAAAAAAAAAAAAAAA